UCGCGUUGGUUCGACGCAGAUAACGGCAUUAAUUACUGACUAAUGAUCCUUUAUCAAUAAUCAUUAAAAAUAAUUGAUAAACAUUGAGGGAAGUGCCGGUAUUUUCCGUGUCUUGUGCGGAAUUUUCCGCGAGGGCCAUGAGGCUCUGGAUUGAGACAUGCAGAAGCCGUUGAGAGAGUUGAGUCGAUUGUGCCUGGGUACAACUGGUCACAACAACCCGGUUGUAGUCACAGCUGAUGUUGUCUGCACGGAGCCACCUAGUGGUCUUCCUCUGCUCCAGGUCUGGCCGAGUGAUUCACCGAGGGGUGAAGCCGACGGGCAGGCCUUCAUCUUCCCCGAUGCCCCGGACAGCGUCAACGACAGUGGAAUAGACUCGAUCCAGGCAUCACCAUCUCCAUGCGGUGCAGCAUGUACCAGCACAUCAGCCAGUCCCCAGCAGUCACGACGUCCAAGUCUUCUGCAUCCUGAUCACGCCCGACUUAAUCUCCACCACCUGCACCACAAUCACCACACAGUAUCCCAUGACCGAUUGAGAUCACCACCAUCACCCGACAGAACAUCCAUCGACGAGGAGCCACCACCUGCACCCCCCAGCCCCUCAAGCUCAACAACCAGCAGUUUGAGAUCAAUGCCAAGCUCAGCACUGGCAUCAGUCCAUUCAACUCAUGAUCGGCGACGUAGCAGCAGGUAUUCUGUGUUCGAUGCUCUGGACCUGGAGUACGCUCUUCUCCGAGCAGCUGCCCGUGGUUCUGUGGGCCCUUAUUCACUCUCCGAGUCACUCCACAAGCUGACGUUCACCCAGAGUCUAGCAUUUCCAGCACUAGCUCGUGGUCUUGCUUCUAAACAGAGUGUACCAACUAGACGUCCCCAGCAGCACUCUGAGAGCGGUUUGAAUGCAUUUGCUAAAGUCGUCACAGCUGUUAUACUCAUGCUUGUGAGUGUUCUCGUGUUUGGUGUUGUGUAUAAAUUUGUGAGGACGUGAGGGUGGCUGCUGGCACCCGGUAGACACUACGAAUCACAAGACAUCAGGAGAGUUGAGGAUCCUGUUGUCUCGGGUGCUAGCGAUUUAUUUCAAGUGGAUACGUGACUCUUUAGUUUUGAUAUCGAGGGGAUGACCUGGUGGAACGGGAAAUCGUCACGACGGAGGGGGGGAAUCAUUUUUUUCAAUAUCCUAGAAAUGAAGGAAGAGACGGGCAUUUUUGUGAAGAACAUCGCAUAAUUAUUUAUAAUCGAUUUUUUAAAGCUUUGUUUAUAUUUAAUAUCUUAUUUAUUAAUACAUCGUGUCUAGGUGUUCUCUGAUUAUUGAAGAAUUUUUAUUUCAU